AUGACCGCCAAAAUUUACGUAUUAUGUCUGGUGCUUGCAACGACGAUGGCUGCGAGGCAGCGACCGAGGUAUCAACAGCCUGUAGAGUACGAUUAUGAGCCUCAAGCACAAGACCGAGGAGAACAGGUAGUGCUAGUAUCCCAAGAUGCAUAUGAUGGCUUAUACCAAGCUCAAGAUCGAGCAGAUGAAGACUAUGAACCCAGAGCCCUGCAAAGAGCUCCAGCACAGAGGCACAAGCAGCAAUCUCAAUCGCAACAAGAAGGACCUAAGCAGCCGCCCGUGCAGACAAUCAGGAACUACAACAAGGUGAACGAUGAUGGUAGCUUUACAUUUGGCUACGAGGCUGCAGAUGGUUCUUUCAAGGAAGAAACCAGAGGUACCGACUGCGUUGUCCGCGGCAAGUAUGGAUACGUGGAUCCUGAUGGCAACAAACGAGAGUUCACUUAUGUAUCAGGAAAUCCUUGCGACCCAAACAAACCCAAUGAAGAUGAAGAACAAGAUGGUGGAGCACCAGAAUCCGCGGAGAGAGAUGACCCAGAACCCAACUACCCGAGCAGACCUGCCAUAAGACCGACAACAGCACGACCAGCGACUACCUACUUCCAAAACGAUUUUAGGGACGCUGAUGAAGAACCUGAAGAAGAACCACUUCAGAAUAUUAGGCCACGUAUUGUUCAACGGCCACAACCUGCUAGACCAGCGCUUCGCCCAACUUAUCAAGCUCAACAAAUCGCGAUCACUCCUCGUCCAGUGCCCAUCACCACUGCUAGAGCAUUACCUCCAGCAACUACAUUUAGGCCUCAGUUAAUUCAAGUAACACCUAAACCUCAAAUUCAAUACAGUCCUGAGCCUGAAUACUCUCCUGCACCCACACCAUCUGCUGUAUUGUCAUCAGCUAGACCAGGUCAGUUUGAUUUCGCUGCAGAAUUCGCGAAAUUCCACCGUGAUAGUCAAGGACCAGCAAGCACACCUUCCUCUCAUGGUUCAGCUGCUAAAUCCACAACCGGUGCUGCACCUUCAGGCAAUCCUUUGUAUUCGACUGAAUUAGUAUAUGAUCCUUCCAGUGGCCAAUACAAUACUCAACUCUUCCAAAGCCUACCUCAAACUAAAGGAGAACUUAACCUUAACCAACGACUUCAACCUUUCGUUGCCCAACAGCAACAACAACGACCUUUCAUUCCAUCUCCUCAAAUCUCUGCCACUAGUCCUGUAUACCGACAGCCUGCCCCACAAGCAAAUCCUCAAGAAAUAUAUCAGAGGCAGCAAGCUGAAACUCAGUUCCAGAGUUCUCAGCAGUUAUUUGCCCAACAGCAACAAAUUCAGCAAAGUCAAUUGCAAAGAGAUAGGGCUGCGGCGAGAGCUCAAGCACAACGGUUAGCCCUAUCCCAAGGUCAGGUUCAGGCUCAGGCUCCUCAGAGGGCUCAAUCACCCCAAUACUAUUACGUACCUAGAGGAGAAAACCCAUCUUCGGGACAAAUUGAUGCGUUUUUGAGAGGUCACGGGAUCCAGCUG